CUCCUCCCCCCUCUGGGUUUCAGGGCGGAGGUCUGACAGAGGAAAGUUAGCGCUCAGUCUGAGCGGAGUUUCUAACUUUGUUCCUCUAACUCACUUCUUCAUAACUUCUUCUUCACUUCUUCCUCAAUUCUUCCUCACAUCCUCUUCCUCAGCAACAUGUCGGGCGUCGCGUCCACGCUGGCGAAGAAGCGCGCUCUCGCGGCGGGUUUUGGGACCAAUGCGAACGCGACUCGGUACCUGAACCAGGACUUCCUCGCGCUGCGGGAGCAGAGCCGCUCCUCCGGGACUUUGUUCUCAGACCCGACCUUCCCCCCCGCUGCGGAGACGCUGGGCUUCAAAGAUCUGGGCCGCGGGUCCCCGAAGGUCCGGGGGGUGACCUGGAAGAGACCGACGGAACUUGUCUCUGAUCCUGAAUUCAUUGUGGGCGGAGCCAGCAGAACUGACAUCUGCCAGGGAGCUUUGGGUGACUGCUGGCUGUUGGCAGCCAUCGCCUCCCUGACCCUGAACGAGUAUGUGAUGGCCAGAGUCGUUCCCACGGACCAGGGCUUUGGUGACGACUACGCUGGCAUCUUCCACUUCCAGUUCUGGCAGUUCGGGGAGUGGGUGGACGUUGUGAUCGACGACCGGCUGCCGGUGAAAGACGGAGAGCUGCUGUUCGUUCACUCUGCUGAGGGGAGGGAGUUCUGGAGCGCUCUGCUGGAGAAAGCCUACGCCAAGGUGUGCGGCUGCUAUGAAGCUCUGUCUGGCGGAUCCACCAUGGAGGGCUUUGAGGAUUUCACUGGAGGCAUCGCUGAGAACUUCGACCUGCAGCGCCCCCCUUCAAACCUGUUCCAGAUCAUGAAGAAGGCGCUGGAGGCCGGAGCCCUGAUGGGCUGCUCCAUCGACAUCACAAGCGCCUCAGACUCAGAGGCUGUCACUCGUCAGAAACUUGUGAAAGGACACGCCUACUCUCUGACCGGUGCCGUGGAGGUGAACUACCGGGGGCGCCAGGAGAAACUGGUGAGGAUCAGAAACCCCUGGGGUCAAGUGGAGUGGACCGGGCCCUGGAGCGACGGAUCGAUGGAGUGGAACAAUGUGCAGGGAGAUUGUCCACAUGCCAACGCAGAGGACGGCGAGUUCUGGAUGUCCUACACCGACUUCCUGCGUCACUACUCUCGGGUGGAGGUUUGCACUCUGACCCCCGACACCAUCGACGACGACUCCGUCAAACACUGGAGCGUCACCAAGUUAGACGGCAGCUGGAGGAAAGGGUCCACCGCCGGAGGCUGCAGGAACCACCCCUACUCCUUCUGGAUGAAUCCUCAGAUAGUGAUCAAGUUGGAGGAGGAGGACGACGACCCGGAUGAUGGAGAAGUGGGCUGCAGUUUUGUCGUCGGUCUGAUCCAGAAGAACCGCAGGAAGCUCCGGAAACAAGGAGAGGACAUGCACACCGUCGGGUUUGCCAUCUAUGAUCUUCCCAAACAGUUCUACGGACAGAGGGAGGUCCACCUGGACAAGAACUUCUUCCUGACCCACGCCCAGACCGCCAAGUCCGAGACUUUCACCAACCAGCGGGAGGUCAGCACCCGCUUCAAGCUGCCGCCAGGGGAGUACCUGAUCGUCCCGUCCACCUUCGAACCGCACCUCAACGGAGACUUCUGCGUCCGGGUGUUUUCCGAGAAGCAGGCUGAGACCCUACCCUGUGACGACCCGGUGAGCGCUGAACUCGAAGAUGAGACAGUGUUGGAUGAGGAAGUGGAUUCAGGAUUCAGAGGCCUCUUCACCAAACUCGCUGGGGACGACAUGGAGAUCUCUGCGGUGGAACUGAGGACCAUCAUGAACAAGAUCGUCUCCAAACGGACGGACAUAAAGACAGACGGCUUCAGCAUGGAGACGUCCAGGAUCAUGGUGAACCUGAUGGACGACAGCGGCAACGGGAGGCUGGGCCUCGGAGAGUUCGCCACCCUGUGGAAGAAGGUGCAGAGAUACCUGACGAUCUACAAGCAGAACGACAUGGAUAACUCGGGGACGAUGAGCACUCCUGAGAUGAGGGUCGCAUUCAAAGAUGCAGGUUUCACCCUCAACAACACCAUCUACCAGCUGCUGGUGGCCCGCUACUCCGACCCCGACAUGACCAUCGACUUCGACAACUUUGUGGGCUGCCUGAUGAGGCUGGAGAUGAUGUUCAAGAUCUUCAAGAAGCUCGAUCCUCACGAGAGCGGAUCCAUCGAGCUCGACUUCAACGCGUGGAUCAACUUUUCCAUGAUCUGAUCUGGAGCGUCCUGCAGUUCUCAUCCCAGAUAUAACAUGAUUACAUGUAAUAUAACAUGAUUAAAUGUAAUGUAACAUUAUUACAUAUAAUGUAACAUGACACAUAUAAUGUAACAUGACACAUAUAAUGUUUCUCUUCCUGUCACUACCUGACUGACUCUGAGUAACUCAAAUAAAGUCUCUCACAAACCUUUAA